AUGAUUACAAAAUUCAUGACAGAGGUCUCGGCCAAGUUCAACCCGUUCUCGACCUGCGCGAAGCCAGCUCGUUUGUUCCUCACACUUCUACCUCCAAAUGCUCGAGCCAACGGCACAACCAUCACAUCGGCCAUUCUACCUCGAACUUCUCAAGAACCUAGCUCUCUACGAAUCAAGUUUAAGGAUGGCAAAGAGUUCAACUUUGACUGCCAAAAGAUCAACAUCAAGGGACUUGUCGAGGAGGUGGACCGACAUUCACGCCAACUGCAAAAGGCAGCCGAUUUGACCGAUUAA